CCAAUCAGGGCGCAGAACACAAGAAACGACCCAGCGUUGUCCUGCCUCUGGACCAAUGAGCGGGCGCAUUACGUGCGGGUGGUGUGCGUUCCAGUGUUUUGGCCGGAGCCGUGUCUGAGGUGGAGGAAGGAGUGGUGCGGAUCGCAUCUUGAGCCCGGGGGGAGGAGAAGAAGGAGGCCCGUGUCUUUGUUAUUGUUGUGCCUCCCUGUGUCUGCGGGGCGGGGGGUGGGAGGGAUGCUCUUCAGGGUCAGCAGUAAUAGUCCAUUCUGGGCUCCAGCAAUAUGAAGGAUGGAAGAGGACGAGGUGACCAUCAGAGAGCAGAACUUUCACAGCCAAGUUAGAGAAUGCAUUAUCUGCUUUCUUAUGUUUGCCAUUUUAUACAUUGUGUCGUACUUCUUCAUCACACAAUACAAAAGGAAAGCAGAUGAGCAAGAGGAUGAGGACGCCACUGUCAACCGUGUUUCACUGUUCCUGAGUACAUUCACACUGGCAGUUUCAGCCGGUGCUGUGCUGCUUCUUCCUUUCUCCAUUAUCAGCAAUGAGAUCCUCUUGUCUUUCCCUAAAAGCUACUAUAUCCAAUGGCUGAAUGGAUCUCUCAUUCAUGGUCUGUGGAAUUUGGUUUCCCUUUUCUCCAAUCUGUGUCUGUUUGUGCUGAUGCCAUUUGCGUUCUUCUUUCUUGAAUCUGAAGGCUUUGCCGGACUGAAAAAGGGGAUACAAGCUCGGAUUCUGGAGACUGUUGUCAUGCUCAUCCUCCUUGCACUCCUUAUCUUUGGUAUUGUGUGGGUGGCAUCUGCCUUGAUAGACAACAAUUCGGCAAGCAUGGAGUCUUUGUAUGAUCUCUGGGAAUAUUACCUACCCUAUUUAUAUUCCUGCAUUUCACUGAUGGGAUGUCUUUUAUUACUCUUGUGUACACCAGUUGGACUUUCCAGAAUGUUUGCAGUAAUGGGUCAGCUUUUGGUCAAACCGACAAUCCUUGAAGAUCUUGAUGAGCAGAUGUAUAUCAUAAGUUUACAAGAAGAGGCUCUACAGCGAAAGUUGAAUGGAGGAACGUCUUUUGUAGAUAACAACACAAAGAAGAUUGAGCAUGAUCUUAUGAAUGCCAAGACCAUGAAGUCAAAAUUAGAAAGACGCAAGAAUGCCUCUGCCUGGGAGAGGAACCUGGUCUACCCAGCUGUAAUGAUACUGCUCCUCGUCGUAACGUCUUUUUCGGUGAUCCUGGUGUCUUGCAACAUUCUGCGCUUACUGGUGGACGAGACAGCAAUGCCUAAAGGUUCAAAGGGUCCAGGCAUCGGAAAUGCAUCAUUGUUCACUUUUGGAUUUGCUGGAGCUGUGUUAGAAAUCAUUUUAAUUUUUUAUCUGAUGGUUUCCUCUGUUGUUGGCUUCUAUAGCCUGUGGUUUUUUGGAGGUUUCACUCCAAGGAAGGAUGACACAACAAUGACAAAGAUCAUCGGGAACUGCGCCUCUAUUCUGGUGCUCAGCUCCGCCUUACCAGUUAUGUCAAGAACAUUAGGAAUCACAAGAUUUGAUCUGUUAGGUGAUUUUGGACGAUUUAACUGGCUGGGAAACUUCUAUAUUGUUGUUACAUAUAAUCUGAUAUUCGCCGUUGUGACAACUCUGUGCUUAGUAAGAAAGUUCACCUCUGCUGUUCGGGAAGAGCUGUUAAAAGCAAUAGGUUUAGAUAAACUUCAGCUCUCUAAUGAGCCCAGCGAUACAGCAUCCACCAACGGGCAUCAGAAAACACUGUGAAAUAUCAUUCAGCAUGGCUACAAUCAACAUUCCUCGCAGGAUGUGGACCCAUUGCUUUAACCAGCACUUGUAAUGUCUACAGAGCUCUAGUCUUAUCUCCACAGCAGAGACUUGUAGGUCAGUUUGACCAUGUAGCCACAAUUUUGUGAACUAGACUUUUCUACUUUUUUUUUUUUUCUUUCAUGUUCUGUUACAGGAAAAAAUAAAAUGUGACAUUUUGUUUCAACAUGUAGAGUUAGAGCCGGACACCAGCGAAGAACCUAAACCUCACAAACCAUGUAACAUUUUACACAGUAGAGAGGUUUAAAUAUGUUUUAUGCCACCCCAUGCUUCAUUAAUAGGCUGAAAUUUGU